AUGGAGUGCGACGUCAUGCCGCCCGCCCUGCGAGUGACUUUGCUUCUUCCGCUUCCUCUGUGCCCCUCCUCCACUCCCAUGCCUCCUCCUUCUCCCCGCGCUAUUCCACUCCAGAAAAGAUCCUGCUCUGCUGAAUUCCGCACGAUGAACCCGAACGAGAGGGAGACGCUGCCUGACGUGGCAAAGCCAUCUCACUACCAUGUCUCGUUGUAUGAUCUUACCAUUGGCGGCAACUGGGGGUACAAGGGAACCGUCAAGAUAGACACCAAGAUCACACGCCCUUCCAAGGAGAUUGUCAUCAAUGUCAAGGCAAUUGAUGUCCAGUCCGCUGAGAUCUCUGCCAAAGAUGGAAGCGCUGCCAAUAAGGCCACUGACAUCUCAUACGACCGCAAGUCUGAGCGUGCCAUCUUCAAGUUCGCCCAGGAGAUACAGCCGGCAGACUUGCUGCUGACCAUCUCCUUAACUAUCAAUAACUUCAUGGCUGGUUUCUGCCGUGCCGGGUACCAGUCUGCAGCCACCCCAGGGCCAAACACACCCAAGGAAGGAGAGCAACACUACAUGCUCAGCACCCAAUUCGAGUCCUGUGAUGCUAGACAGGCCUUCCCUUGCUUCGAUGAGCCCAACCUCAAGGCCACCUUUGACUUUGAGAUCGAAAUUCCAAAGGGCCUGACCGCUCUCAGCAACAUGCCUGUCAAGGCCAAGCGUGAUGGAAGCAAGCCUGAACUCGAGUUUGUCUCUUUCGAGCGAACUCCCAUUAUGAGCACUUAUCUCCUUGCCUGGGCUGUCGGUGACUUCGAGUAUGUCGAGACCAUGACCAAGCGCAAGUACAACGGUGCCAGCAUCCCGGUCCGUGUUUACACCACCAGAGGCCUCAAAGAGCAGGCUCAGUUUGCCCUGGAGUGCGCCUCUCAGACUCUGGACUACUUCUCUGAAGUCUUUGAGAUCGACUAUCCCCUCCCCAAGUCCGACUUGCUAGCCGUCCAUGAAUUCGCUAUGGGAGCAAUGGAGAACUGGGGUCUCGUUACCUACAGAACCACUGCCGUCCUUUUCGAGGAAGGAAAGUCUGAUGAAAAAUACAGAAACCGCGUUGCCUAUGUUGUUGCUCACGAAUUGGCCCAUCAGUGGUUCGGUAAUCUCGUCACCAUGGACUGGUGGAACGAGCUCUGGCUCAACGAAGGUUUUGCUACUUGGGUCGGAUGGCUUGCCGUGGAUCACUUUCAUCCAGAAUGGAAUGUCUGGUCACAGUUUGUCACUGAAAGUGUGCAACAAGCAAUGAAACUCGACUCCCUCCGCGCAUCCCACGCCAUCGAAGUUCCAGUACGAAAUGCUCUCGAGGUUGACCAGAUCUUCGACCACAUCAGCUACCUUAAGGGAAGCUCCGUCAUUCGCAUGUUGAGCAGUCAUCUGGGUCAAGAUGUCUUCCUCAAGGGCGUUGCCAAGUACCUCAAGGCCCAUGCAUACGGUAAUGCCACCACCAAUGACCUGUGGUCCGCCCUUAGCGAGGUCUCCGGAAAGGACGUUACUUCCUUCAUGGACCCAUGGAUCCGCAAGAUUGGUUUCCCCGUUGUAAACAUUACCGAACAGACCAACCAGAUCAAUGUUGACCAACGACGUUUCCUUGCAUCUGGCGAUGUCAAGCCAGAGGAGGAUGAGACCAUGUGGUGGAUCCCGCUUGGCAUCAAAUCAGGCCCCAAGGCGGAGAAUGCUAACGUCCGCAACUUGACUAAGAAGUCUGACUCUGUUGCUGACAUCAACUGCAGUGAGUUCUACAAGGUCAACAAGGACCAGUGUGGUUUCUACCACACCAACUACCCACAAGACCGACUAGUCAAAUUCGGUGAAACUAGACACCUUCUCAGCUCGGAGGACAGAAUCGGCCUGAUUGGCGAUGCUGCCUCUUUGGCUGUCUCUGGUGAAGGAAGCACCGUUUCCUUGCUCGCCCUUGUCGAGAAGUUCCAGGAUGAGCCCGACUGCCUUGUCUGGGCUCAAAUAAUGACCUCCCUCGGAAAUCUGCGAUCCAUCUUUGGAACGAACGAGGCCGUCUCUGCUGGCCUGAAGGCAUAUGUCCGCAAACUGGUCACUCCCGCAGCCGAGAAGAUCGGCUGGGAGUUCAAGGCUGAUGACGACUUCCUGACCAAGCAACUUCGACAGAUUCUCAUUACCGCUGCUGGACGUUCUGGCCACGAAGGAACCGUUAAUGAGGCCAAGCGCCGCUUCGACGCCUGGGCUUCUGGCGACCAGAAUGCCAUCAACACCAACCUCCGCUCUGCUGUCUUCUCCAUCAAUGUCGGAGAGGGCGGCCGUCGUGAAUAUGACCAGCUCGUCAAGGAGUUCGAGACCAACACUUCCAUCGACGGAAAGGAAAUCUGCCUUGGCGCUCUUUCCCGCACCACUGACCCUGCUCUCAUCAAGGAAUUCCUGGAGUUCCUCUUCUCCCCCAAAGUCUCCGCUCAGGAUGUUCACACCGGAGGCGCUGGUUUGGCCGCCAACCCCAAGGGGCGCUACCUCAUGUGGGACUUCAUCAAGGCCAACUGGAACCGUAUCGAAGAGAAGCUGGGCUCCAACAAGGUCCUGCUCCAGCGCUUCGUGCGUCUCAGCUUGAUCAAGUAUGCCGACCAUGCUGUUGAGCAGGACAUUGCCAAGUUCUUCGCCGACAAGGACCAGGACGGAUACGACCGUGCUUUGGUCAUUGCAGCGGACACCAUCAAGUCCAACGCCGAUUACAGGGAGCGGGAGGAGAAGGCCAUCUUGGAAUGGCUCUCCGCCAACGGCUACGCGUGA